AUCAAAGAUGGCAACUUCCACGAUUUGUGUGCCCGGUCAGCGUAUAUUGAGAACAGAUGAUGAUCAUAUCAGUGGAAAUGGAACUUAUACAAGAAAUGGUUAUAUAUAUUCUACUUUAGUUGGUUAUGUUUUUACUCAGACUAAUGAUGAUGGAAAGACAAUUGUUGAAGUCAGAUCAUCCAAAACACAAAACGUAGUUCCUAGUGAAGAUGAUAUAGUUACUGCCAGGGUCACCAAUGUAAAUGCCAGAUUUUGUAAAUGUUCUAUUUUGAGUAUUGGCAAAACCAAAUUACAAGAACCCUUUCGUGGAACUUUGAGAAAAGAAGAUGUGAGAGCAACAGAAAAAGACAAGGUUGAAAUGUAUAAAUGUUUUAGACCUGGUGAUAUCAUAGCAGCUCAAGUUUUAUCUUUAGGUGAUGCACAAUCUUAUUUACUGAGUACCAGUGAAAAUGAAUUAGGAGUUGUCAUAGCAACUAGUGAAACAGGUGGUACUAUGGUUCCUAUAAGUUGGUGUAAAAUGCAAUGUACUAAAACUUUAUCAGAAGAAUUCAGAAAAGUUGCCAAAGUUCAACCACAGUUUAUAGAAUAUUCCUCUUGAUAUUCGUUUUUUUCUCAUCACUUUUUAUUUCAUAAUAAAACAACUUCAAGUUUGCUG